AUGGAGGACCAGCGAACAGAGGAGUUUGAUUGCGUUGCCGCCAUCUUUCCCGAAAUUGAGUUCAAUCCCACUGAUCCGUUUCACGCAUCCAUUGAAUUACCCGUUAACCCUCGUAAACCGGUCACAAUCGCAUUUCCCACUGCAUCCGAUGCCGUGCUGGACAUCCCUACCCCGCCACUGUCUACGAGUUCAGGCAACGAGGAAGGAAACGCUAGCAAGAACCCUCAAGUUAAUAAUACCGAGUCGCACGAAGUCACCUAUCUACCGUCGCUACAACUACAUAUUACUUUGCCAGAAGGCUAUCCAGAAACCCGCCCCCCGAAGUUUGAACUCUCCACAACACCGGCAUGGCUUCCCCAAGCCCGCCUUGACGAACUUGAGGCCGACGGAGUCCGCAUGUGGGAAGAAAUGGGUCGUGACUUGGUAGUCUUUGCAUACAUUGAUUCUCUACAACAAGGAGCUGAGAAUGCUUUUGGUUAUGGAGAAGAGGGCAAAAUAUUAGAAAUGCGACAAGAUGAUAAGAUCGCCUUGCUCGAUUUUGAUAUAAAAUCUAUACAAUCAGCAUUUAAUAAGGGAACUUAUGAUUGUGGUGUCUGUCUUGAUCCGAAAAAAGGUUCCGCCUGCCAUAAAAUGAUCGAUUGCGGACACGUCUUUUGCGUUGAAUGUUUGCAAGAUUUCUACAACAAUGCGAUCAAAGAGGGUGACCUAAUAUUAGUUCGUUGUCUGGCCCCGAACUGCGCAAAGGAGCGAGCCGAAAGAUGCACCAAAAAGACUCGAAAGCCGAAAACUCAACUGAGUCCCAGCGAACUCCUUCAAAUACCUCUUGAACAUGAUGUUGUCACACGUUUUGUCAAAUUGAAGCAUAAAGCUCAGUUGGAAUCCGAUAAAAAUACCGUGUACUGUCCAAGGGCUUGGUGUGAUGGGGCCGCCAGGUCAAAGAAAUAUCGUAAGCCAGAAGGUCUCGAGGAUGAUGGUAGUUCUGACGAUGAACCCGAUACGGAGAUAAAAGAGAAGGGUAAAGGGUAUGCUUCAGGGGCGGACCUUCUCGCAAUCUGUGAGGACUGUUCUUAUGCAUUCUGCAGUCGAUGUGGACAGGGCUGGCAUGGGGAGUUCAAAUUAUGCGCUCCAAAGAGAAAGAAUGAAGAGCUUUCUGAAGAGGAAAAAGCUUCGUUGGAAUACAUGCAACUUCAUACUACACCUUGCCCUACAUGUGCAGCUCCAGUACAGAAAACGCACGGAUGCAACCAUAUGAUCUGUUUCAAAUGCAACUCUCAUUUCUGUUAUCUAUGUUCGGCUUGGCUGGAACCUCAAAAUCCUUACAAGCAUUUCAAUCAAGAAACUGCUGGCUGUUUCCAACGACUUUGGGAGCUUGAAGCUGGUGAUGGAGACGACGUUGGACGCGGUUACAAUGGUGGAGUGCAGGAGGCCAAUAUUAUGGUUUUUGAAGAAGAGGAAUUCGAGGCACCUGACUUUGAGGAAGAAGAGCCGGAGGCUCUGCAGCUUGAAGAAGAGAUAGAGCAAGGCGAGAGAGAGGAAGUAGAACGACAAGCCCCUUUAGUUUUACGGUUGAAUCAGCCCCGUCCAGUGGCACAGCCUGCACCCGCAGUUCCCGAUGCUCCACAAGCCCAACAUGGACAGCCUAAUAGAAGGCAUCGACAGAACCACGGUCGUGGUAAUGGUGCUCCACGUGCUCGUGCUGGUCGUUUGAAUGGACAAGAAGGUCAACGACAGCCAGCUGGACGAGGCCGAGGCCGAGGUGGCAUGGAUGUUGUUGAGGAGAAUCCUGGUCAAAAUGCAGCAAAUCAGCUUUGGGUCCAGAGAUUCGUACGAAUGGCAUUAAUGGAUGAAGAAGAUCAAUUAGAAUGGGAAGAGGAUGAAGAGAAUCAUGUUGCUUGGGAAAUACCAGUUCGGUAA